GACGGACCCCGGCCAGCUGACAGCUGAACCGAAUGAUUAGUGAUUGCUGCGAUUACUGUUAUCGAGUAAAUAAAUAAUAGCCGUAAAAUAUGUAUCUUCGUUGCUUAAAAUAUUAUUGUAAUUUAUAAAUAAAAAAAGUGUACUGUGUUGUGUACGAAUAAUUCUGUGAAGUGGUGCAACAAAUUGUAUAAUAAUUAUUUGAGGAAAUUUUUAUUAGCUAAAAGUAAUCAUGAAUGCUGAUAAGGAUAUUUCCUUUCUACAUUCUUUACCAGACGAAAUAAUAGAUAUUAUUCUAAAAUAUAUGAAUUUCAAAGACUUAACGCAUUUUAGUAUGACCUGUAAAAGAUUUUAUGAAUAUGUGUCUACAAAUAUGGUGCUUUGGAAAAAUGUUUACAAAACGCUAUUGCCAGAAAUGUUUGAGACCAGACUGAAAUAUGGUAACGGUGAGUGGCACAGGGAAGUAAGAGAAUAUUUAGAGCUGCAGAAGUUGAUUUUCACACAACUGGAGGAAGCGGCGUCCCGUUAUUACUUAAAAACGAACAUAACACACUUCGUUGACGUGUGUGAGCUACUGAACCACACGGCCAUAGCCGAGGGCGGCAUUUACUACAAUACCGUCUGCAUACUGCAAGGUGUCAUCAACGAGACGCGACGGAUGUUGAAUAGCAACACUAGUGAGCCCCCGUUCACACUGACCCAUAUGCACUACGCUAAAAUAGCACUCCGCUAUUACUUCCACGCGUUCCUUGCUCUGAAAUGGAGUAUAUUUUGCAACCAGCCCGAGAAGCCGUCGCCUUUGCAAGUGAUCACAUUUUUUGUGCAAUGGAUUUACCAUACCGACUUGGAGGCGGAUGACGCGUCUUAUUUUAAGAUAUCGGCGCUAGCUAACAGAGUGGACGAGUUUCUCAAAGAAAAGACCAAGGGUCAAAGCGUUCUGGACCCAGCGGCGAGGCUGGAGUGCCGCAUAUCGGACGCUGAGGUGCUGAAGGCCAUCAGCCACGUGCUGUACAAGACCAGGAGCGUGGUCUCCGAGACAGAGACAGCUAACUUUGAUACCCUGGAUGUUCUCAAGGUCUUCAAAAACAAAUGCGGCCACAGGAUCGUCACUUUGUCGGUGUACCAAGCGAUCGCAGCUAAGUUCGGCAUAUACAGUGAACUGCAAGUGUUCCCCAACCACUUGUACCUGGAGUGGAAGUCGAACUGGACCGAUCCCAACGAAGUCGGCUACAUCAUAGACGUGUACAGCGGCAACAUGAGGCAGAAGAGGGGGUGCCCUUUCUCCAGGGGGUCGAUAAACAAUUACAGAUACGACCAUUUGAAUCUGAUCGAGUUUUUGUAUAAGGAACACCGGAGGACCAUGGGGUAUAUAAGGGACAUUUACACACAGAAUGCUCAGCUUCUAACCGAGUUUCUCGGUAUGAGGGGUGACUUCAGCAGCACAUACACCAACAUCGAGUACUCCAGCCACCAGCUGAUACUGGACCAUUACGAGCUGGCCGUGGGCACGCCGCUACAGGCCAAACACCUGACCGCGUCACACAUGAACUUUAUUCUUCAAUUGUUCGUCUUCAAUGUGAAUCCUAAGCCGCUUUACAGAGAUACAGUGUCCAAAAAGCAUCCGGCCUGUGUCAAAUACGCGGUCGGCAUGAUUUGCACAAACAAACAGACACAAUGCAAAUGUGUCAUACUUGGUUGGAACAGCGAAUAUGACAGCGCCUCCGUUCCUCGACCGAGCUACACCGUUCUUGACAGCGACCAGUUUCAGAGAUACGCGUAUCAAGACAUGUUGGAACAUGACCCAACCACCAGCCGCCUGAUUCAUCUCGAGGACAUAAUGGCGAAAGAUUUCACACACUACAACGGUUUCAGAUACGUUGCCAACGUGCAAAAAAUGCAAGAGUAUCCGGACGACGAGGCUAUAGCGAUGGCAUAUCAGAACGGGGCUUUUGAUGAUGGAAUGGGAAGUUAUAUUACGGGCAAUGAUGUUGGUGCGCAGUGAAGUAAUGAAUGUGCAAUUACCGAGUUGACGGUUUUUUGAUCGUAAUUUCGGGGCGUAGCGAGGUAUAUUUGUGUGGGGAGGGGGGUGGGAAUCAAUAUGUUAUAUUAUGUAAAAUUCUCGUGUCACAAUGUUCGUUCCCGUACACCUCCGAAACUAAUUUUGCGAGCAUAUUGAGUAGGUCUGAGAUUCGGCCAACAUCUAUUUUUCAUACCCCUCAGUGAUAAGGGUUGUCCACCCUUAAUUUUUUUUUUACUAGAAAUAUUUAAAAGAAAGAAUUUUAUAUGGCCAAACAUUUGCCGGGACAGCUAGUCAAUAUAUAUUAUAAACAAUAUAUACAUAUAUAUAUUAUUUUAGCGGGAGCGAUGAUCCGGCUCGACCGCCACCAAAGGGAUGAUCUUCCGCCAGAGUAGGUGUUAUGCCUCGGGAACCGCGGCUCUGACGAUGUCGGAGGUUGUAUAUCUAUAUGCUAAAAUCCGUGAAAUUUAGAUUUCUCGCUGUUUUUGAUUGAUAGCUGCACUGUUAGUAUUCGAUCGCGUGAUUUUGUUUUUGUGACUUGUGGCGUCGAUAUCGCAACUAUACAUAUAAUAUAUAUACAUUUUAAUUUGUUAUGAUGAAGUGCAAUGAAUAAUGAUACUAGAAACUUAUAAGAUUUUGAAGUGGUACCGAAUAAGAGUGGUACUGAUACAACCACUUACCGAGUCGUUCAGCCAACAGGAUUUCAUUUUUUAACCGACAAAAACGGAGGAGGUCCUCAAUUAGGACGUAUAUUUCUGUUUAAACUCUCCACUCAUCCACAGAAUCUGGUCUCUUUAAUUAUCUGUCGACGAAUCGUCCAAAAAUUAAACCUCCAGAAAAAAAAAUGUCGUCGAAUCAAUUUUAAGUCAAUCGACCGUCGCAGAAUUUUUUCACUCCCCCUCCUAAUCUUAAGUCUUUACCUAACCCUAGCUACGCCUUUGCCCACAUUCGUGUUUAAAAAAACAAUUUGCGAAUUAUAUUGGCGGGAAACCAAACGUCAAGUUGUUUAUUUUUUUGGCGGGAAUCAUGCUGUAUUGGAGAUUUAUGUAAUGUGUUACUUGGACUAUUUAAUACUAUGUAAUAGUAUAUAUUUAAUCAUUAAAUGUUCGUGAACAAGAAUAAGUGUUAAAAUAAUAUAUUAAUGUGGAUUUUUAAUUUUGAAUGUGGAUGAAGCGAAGGUAGUAUGCAGAGAUCGUGGCAAGAGGAAAGAUGUAGUCUCCGGGAAAGAGGCGUGAUUUUAUGUAUGUAUAAUAUAUUUAAAGUCGCCUGUUUAAAAUUUGUAUACAAUGUAGUUAAGCUUAGGAGGCAAUGGGCUAGCAACCUGUCACUAUUUGAAUCUCAAUUCUAUCAUUAAGCCAAACAGCUGAACGUGGCCUAUCAGUCUCUUCAAAACUGUCUACCCCGCAAGGCAUAUGACUUACUUGACUUAAGGUCUUAUGUCCCCUAGCUGGGGCAGAGGGCAUCCACAGUGCGUCGCCAUCCCGCUCAGUCUUGAGCUUCGCGUUUUAUUUCGCUCCAAGUCUUCCCUAUAUUCUUCACCUCUGCGAUGAUUGUCCGCCGCCAGGUUUGUUUAGGGCGGCCACGUUUACGCUUUCCUUGGGGAUUCCAGUCUAGGGCUUGCCUCGGCAUGUGUUCGGGGUCCCUUCGGAGCGUGUGGCCGAUCCAGUUCCAUUUGCGGCGUUUGAUCUGCUGGUCGAUCGGAGUCUCACCGCAGCGUUCCCACAGGUCUACGUUGGAGAUUUUCUCAGGCCAGUAAACACCGAGAAUACGGCGAAGACAGCGGUUAAUGACGACUUGGAGACGGUGCGAGAUGUCUUUAGUGACCUUCCACGUCUCACACCCAUACAGCAAAACGGUUUUCACAUUGGACCGGAAUAUUUUGAGCUUAACUCUCCUAGUCAGUUUCCGUGAUUGCCACACAGGACGGAGCUGUGCGAAGGUUGCUCUUGCCUUGGCGAAGGGAUAUAGACGUGAGGAUAUGUAAUGUAUGUAUAUGGUUUUAGCUUUCAUUUUCAAAAUAUAAUUUUUUGGAUUUUGGCAAAGUCAAUUAAAGCUAGACUUACAAUGUCAAAAUUGAUCAAUUCGGUUGUUAUCUCUUUUCUUACAGAUCAUUGUAUCAAAAAACAAUGUACCUAUACUUUUGAUUAGGUACCUAUGAGUGAGUGAACGCAAGAUUACAUUGUAUGAACAGUUUAACACGCAGGCUGCCCUUAAAUAUUAUUUAUAAAAGUCCCGAUGAAGGCCUAAACUUACAGUUUACUCGGUCAUUUUUUUACUUAACCGAGAAAUGACUAACUGACUUGCAACCGAAGGUAUUGCUGUCGCGGGCAAAAAUAUUUAAUUAUAAUUAAAAUAUUGAUGUAUGUAAAAUUAAGGUUACAUAAAUCAUGAUGAGAACUUGAAACUUUAGUUUUAUUUGUAGUUUUUG